UUUUUAAUAAAUAUUUAUUUGCCGCCUCUACGAUGUUCAUAGCUUUUAGCUUUCGUCCGCAUGCUGCCGGCAAGCGCAGCCAAGUUCACGCCAUGGCAUUGACAGGCCGUCUCUUUCCUGUUGAAUUUUUUGACAAAUCAACAACUUAAAAAUGGCCAAGCGCACCAAGAAGGUUGGAAUCGUUGGUAAAUAUGGUACCCGUUAUGGUGCCUCGCUGCGUAAGAUGGUCAAGAAAAUGGAAAUCACCCAGCACAGCAAAUAUACCUGCUCGUUCUGCGGCAAGGACUCCAUGAAGCGCUCGGUGGUGGGCAUCUGGUCGUGCAAACGCUGCAAGCGCACCGUUGCCGGCGGUGCCUGGGUCUAUUCCACAACGGCCGCCGCUUCCGUGCGCUCUGCCGUGCGUCGUCUGCGUGAGACCAAGGAACAGUAAAUGGCUUAUGGGAUUUCAAUGCUCCGUUACGUUUAAAGUUUCCGUAGUUUUAUAGACAACACACAAUUUUCUGUGGUUUGCGCCGCGCCGGUCGAAAGAGCUGUUAUGCUUUAUCUGAAAAGCAUAAAGUGAAAAACAAAAAAAGAAAACAACAAAAAUAAAAAUGAAUUUUUACUUCAGUA